CGCCCUCUCUCCCUCCAUCCUCUCCUCUCUCCCUCCUCUGCUGGGCCUGGGGGUCUGGGCCAGCAACUAGUAUUGCAGACAUGGGCCAAGGAGCCAGAGGCCAUGCAGUGGCUCAGGGUCCGUGAUUCGCCUGGGGAGGCCACAGGACACAGGGUCACCAUGGGGACAGCCGCCCUGGGUCCCCUCUGGGCAGUGCUCCUGCUCUUUCUCCUGAUGUGUGAGGUCCCUAAGGCGGAGCUCACCUUUGACAGAGCUGUGGCCAGCGGCUGUCAACGGUGCUGUGACUCUGAGGACCCCCUGGAUCCUGCCCAUGUGUCCUCAGCCUCUUCCUCCGGCCUCCCGCACGCCCUGCCUGAGAUCAGACCCUAUAUUAACAUCACCAUCCUGAAGGGUGACAAAGGGGACCCAGGUGCAAUGGGCCUGCCAGGGCACAUGGGCAGGGAGGGUCCCCAAGGGGAGCCUGGCCCACAGGGCAGCAAGGGUGACAAGGGGGAGAUGGGCAGCCCCAGUGCCCCGUGCCAGAAGCGCUUCUUCGCCUUCUCAGUGGGCCGCAAGACAGCCCUGCACAGCGGCGAGGACUUCCAGAGGCUGCUCUUCGAAAGGGUCUUUGUGAACCUCGAUGGGUGCUUUGACAUGGCGGCCGGCCACUUUGCUGCUCCCCUGCGCGGCAUCUACUUCUUCAGCCUGAAUGUGCACAGCUGGAACUACAAGGAGACGUACGUGCACAUCAUGCACAACCAGAAGGAGGCCGUCAUCCUGUACGCGCAGCCCAGCGAGCGCAGCAUCAUGCAGAGCCAGAGCGUGAUGCUGGACCUGGCCUACGGGGACCGCGUCUGGGUGCGGCUCUUCAAGCGCCAGCGCGAGAACGCCAUCUACAGCAAUGACUUCGACACCUACAUCACCUUCAGCGGCCACCUCAUCAAGGCUGAGGACGACUGAGGCCCUCUGGGCCAUCCUUCCGGCCAGAGAGCCCAGGUGCUGGUCCCAUCCCCUGCAGGGCUCAGUUUUCAUCGCUGUGAAGCAGGAAGGCCAGGGAGGUCCCCUGGGACCUGGCAUUCUGGGGAGACCCUGCUUCUUUCUUGGCUGCCAUCGUUCCUCCCAGCCUAUUUCUGCUCCUCUCUUCUCUCUUGGACCUAUUUUAAGACACUUUCUAACCUAAAUAUUCUAGAACUUUCCCAGCCUCGUAGCCUAGCACUUCUCAAACUUGGAUAUACAUGCGAAUUACCCAGGGUUCAUGUUAAAUGCAGAUUCUGACUCAGCAGGUCUGAGUGGGUCCAGAAUUCUGUUUCUAACAAGUUCCUGGGUGAUGCUGAUGGGGUCGGUCUGUGAACCACACUGGAGCAACCAGGUUCUAGAACUUUCUCAAUAUUCUAGUACUUUCUGAACAUUCUGGAAUCCACACAUUCUAGAAUUCUCCCAACCUUUUUUUUUUUUUUUCUUUUUUUUUGAGGCAGAGUCUCACUCUGUUGCCCAGGCUAGAGUGCAGUGGUGCGAUCUCAGUUCACUGCAACCUCUGCCUCCCAGGUUCAAGCUGAUUCUUCUUCCUCAGCCUCCCUAGUAGCUGGGAUUAUAGGCGCCCGCUACCACGCCUGGCUAAUUUUUGUAUUUUUAGUAGAGACGGGUUUCACCAUAUUGGUCAGGCUGGUCUCGAACUCCUGACCUGAGGUGAUCCACCCGCCUUGGCCUCCCAAAAUGCUGGGAUUACAGGUGUGAGCCACCGCGCCUGGCCUCUUCCAACAUUCUUAAAUUCUCUCAUCCCUCCAGGGCUCCCCAUGCUGUGUUCUCUUUGCCCCUUCCCCCUCUUCUCUUGCUCAGGCCUGUACCACUGCAGUCACUGUUCAUUUAUUCAUUCAUUAAACACUGAGCACUCACUCUGUGCCGGGUCCCAGGAAGGGUGAGGGAGUCAGACACAGGCCCUGCCCCUGCCCUCAGUGACCAGCCAGUCCAGCCCAGGCGGGGAGAGAUGCGUACAUAGGUUUUAAAGCAGACCCAGAGCUCACGGGACCCUGUGUUCUGGGUGUUCAGGUGCUGCUGGUCCUCCACUACCCACUGCUCCCCAAGGCUGGUGGGAUGGGGUCCCAGUGGCAGGGGUGGGUAUCCCCUUUCCGUUCCUCAUCCACCUGCCCAAUGCCCAUUGUUAAAGCAAACCCCAGGGGGCCUUGGACAGGUCAAGGGUUCUGUGAGGAGAGGACCCAGGAGUGUGGGGGCAUUUGUGGGAUGAAGGGGUCCCCGAGGAAUGGAGCCCACACCCAUAGCUCUCCCCACAGGUGAUACGGCAGCCUGCGAAAACUGCCCUCCUCACUGGGAUCCCCUUCCUGCCUCCUCCCAGGGCUCUGCCAGGGCCUUGCUCAAACCCCCACACCAAAGGCAUCUGAAGCUCAGUUUUCCCAGGGCCUCCAGCUGCCCUCAGACACUGAUGUCUGUCCCCAGGUGCUGUCUGCCCCUCACUGGCCCAGUGCCCCGAUUCUCCAGGCUUUAUCAAGGUGCUAAGGCCCCGGUGGGCAGCUCCUCGUCUCAGAGCCCUCCUCCGGCCUGGUGCUGCCUUUACAAACAACUGCGGGAGAAGGGCCAAGGGCGGAAGCCCCAGGCUUUAGAGCCCUCAGCAGGUCUGGGCAGCUGAAGCAGGCAAUUUUCUAGUCACUGGGAGAGGCAGAGCCAAAGGAGGGACCUUGGGCCUUCCAUUUCUUCUUCUUCCAGGGUGGGGUGGCCUGGUGUCCCCCUAGCCUUGCAAACCCAGGUGGCCUGCCCUUCUCCCCAGAGGGAGGCGGCCUCCGCCCAUUGGUGCUCAUGCAGACUCUGGGGCCGAGGUGCCCUGGGGGGUGAUCUCUGGUGCUUACAGCCAAGGGAGCCAUGGCUCCAUGGCCAGAUGACGGAAACAGGAUCUGACCAAGUGCCAGGAAGACCUGUGCUAUAAACCACCCUGCCUGAUCCUGCCCGGCCUGACCCCGCCCUGCCCUGCCAUCCAGCAUGAUUAAAGAAUGCUGUCUCCUCUUGG